AUGGCUUCUCCUGACGAAACUAGAAGGCUGGGCGAAGAUGACGCAUAUGCAAAUACGGAACCAACUUUUGAUAUGAGAACCGUGUUCUUAAGUAAAUUGAAUAUAUUGCAGCAAGAAAAAGCAGGUAAUAGCUCUAUCUUCAGCAAAGACAAGCAUUGUACUUUCAUAGAGGACGUUAAAAAGGCUAAAGCAAAGCAGAAAAAAGAAAGUGUUGACUAUCGUCGACUAAGAAAAUAUGAUGUUAUUGAGGUUGACGGAAAAGAAAAACUUAUUGUGGCAGUAACAGAAGGCAAUAGCGUUAUUUUGCACUAUGUGUACACAGAAGAGUUAUUCGACUUGCUACAUGAUACUCAAUUGAAAAUUGGACGUGGAGGUCGUACACAAAUGGAGAAGGAGCUGCAAACUAAAUUAUCUAAUUCUAAGAAAGGUCUAGUUUCUAAACCUUUGAUAUUUAAAGAAUAUAACUCAAGAUGCCUGGUAGAUCUUAUCGACAUGCAAUGUAACCCAGACGGCGAAUUCAAGUUUAUACUCAAUUACCAGGAUCAUUUAACAAAGUUCAUAUCAUUGCGAGCUCUGAAAAGCUAA